UAUCCUUCUCAUUCUCUCUCUGUGAUGAAUGCUGAUUUUGCCCCGUAGUUGGUGCUCAUCCUUCUGUUUAACCCUCUUCCAUUGAACAAUACAGAUUGUUCUCUCUUUUUCUUUUUCGGUUUUGCACAAUAGUGGAUAAGACUCUUCUCAAUCCCCUCCAAAAUUCAAGGAACUUGUUCACAAUCCCAAUCCCCCACAGCACCAAAUCACAUCCCAAAUCCUCAAACACCAUAGAGCUUUCACUGUCAGUUGUGAUUUUGGUUAACCUUGGCCCCCAGUUGUGUUGAAACAUAGAAUCAAUCCACUUUGUUUUAGCGUGUCUUUGGGUCGAGAGUCAUGUACUAAUCCCUCCAGGUCCUGAGAUCGGUCUGUUUAAAGAACCCAGCUGUUGCUCUUCUUCAAUGCAUUCUUGGAUGGACUAUUGCUUGAGAGAGCUAGAGGGGAAGCAAGCACAUGACCCUUUAUUUAUAGAGAAAAUGAAGAAUUAUUCAUCACAAAGUAGUAGUUGUAGUAGAGAGAGAUGUGUGUGGGUGCCAGGGCCAGUGAUUGUGGGAGCAGGGCCUUCAGGGCUUGCAACAGCAGCAUACCUGAAAGAGAAAGGAGUUCCAAGCCUAAUCCUAGAGCGAUACAAUUGCAUAGCAUCUUUGUGGCAACUCAAAACCUAUGACAGGCUUCACCUCCACUUGCCAAAGCAGUUUUGUGAACUCCCCUUGAUGGGGUUCCCUUGUGACUUCCCAACAUACCCAACAAAGCAACAGUUCAUAGAGUACUUGGAGAGCUAUGCUGAGAGGUUUGCCAUUAGGCCACGGUUCAAUGAGACCGUUAGGCAUGCUGAAUUUGAUGCCACUCUUGGGUUUUGGAAGGUGAAGAGUUUUAACAAGGAGGUGGCAACAGAGUUUGUGUGCAGGUGGCUGAUUGUGGCCACCGGGGAGAAUGCAGAGGCAGUGGUGCCUCAGAUUGAGGGAAUGGGGGACUUUGGUGGGACCGUAAAGCACACAAGUCUCUACAAGAGUGGGGAAGAGUUUCGAGGGAAGAGAGUGUUGGUGGUUGGGUGUGGGAAUUCUGGAAUGGAAGUGUGCUUGGAUCUUUGCAACCACAAUGCUACUCCUUCUCUUGUGGUCAGAGAUACAGUACAUAUCUUACCACGAGAGAUGCUGGGAAAAUCAACUUUUGGGUUGUCCAUGUGGUUGCUCAAGUGGCUUCCAAUUCGGUUUGUAGAUCGGUUUCUUCUCAUAGUGUCAUGGUUCAUGCUUGGUGACACUGCUCGGUUCGGAUUGGACCGGCCAAAAUUGGGUCCCCUUCAACUCAAAAACCUCUCCGGAAAGACACCAGUGCUUGAUGUGGGUACCCUUGCCAAGAUCAAAAGUGGACAUAUAAAGGUGCGACCAGGCAUCAAGCGGUUAAAACGUUAUACAGUUGAAUUUCUUGAUAGAAGGACAGAGAAUUUUGAUGCCAUCAUAUUGGCAACUGGUUACAAAAGUAAUGUGCCCUAUUGGCUAAAGGAAGGGGAUAUGUUCUCCAAGAAAGAUGGGUUUCCAACGAAGCCAUUUCCAAAUGGAUGGAAAGGUGAGAAUGGACUCUAUGCAGUUGGUUUCACCAAACGUGGCCUUCUUGGUACAUCAAUGGAUGCCAAGAGAAUAGCUGAAGACAUCCAAAGAUGUUGGAAAGCAAAGCAUAGCACCACUUUUUCCCUCUCAUUUAAUGUUCCACAAUCAAAUUCAUGAUGGCUUUGGGCUAAUUUAAUGUUUUUUUUUUUCCAAAUUAGAGGUUAUAAAGAAGAUGAUAUUAAAGUUUGAGUAUUGAGAUGGGGGAAUUUUGUGGUGGCAUCACAUAUGUGGACAAUGCUAUUAUAUUCUAGCUAGUAGUAUCAAGAGUGAUGCUCCUCCAAUCCAUAUGAUGAAAAGUGGACCAAGUAAGAAACGAAAUUGGUGGGAACAGUUGUCCCGUUGUUGUAGAGCCUUUCUUGUUAAAAAUUUUACAUCAACUAGA